ACUUUUAUAAAAGAACUGAGAUUGAAGGAAGGAUACGUAGAUGUAGAAGACGCAGAAGUGGAUGAGUGGGGCAAUUUAGAAAUGACAACUUUAAAUUUUUCAACUGACACUGCCAGUACAUUUUCUUCCUGUACAACAGAGUGUUUAUCUGGGUUCUACGGAGAGAGAUGUGAUAUCCCUUGUAACUGUUCGAGGCCUUUUUGCACCAAGCUCCAUGGUGUGUGUUAUGAAGCUGAUUGUCAGAAAGGCUGGUUUGGUGAGGAUUGUAGAACAGAGGAUUUAGCUGCUUUUGCUUAUAUAGUUGAACCCCAAGAGUUUUUUGACGGAGAUUCAACAUCUUGUCGAGUACCUGAUAACAACACAAUUUACAUAGAAUUAUUCGAGAAUUUUUUCCUGACAUCGUUUAGUCUUGUUUUUGAAGAGCCAGAAUAUUUACACGAGGGAGACUUGGUCGUUAGUUUUUUUGAUCGGAAAAAAAACGAUUUUGUAAAUAGGCGUGUAUUGGUCCAAAAGAUUACACCAAUACGAUUCAAACUUCAGCUCACCUCCGCAUUAGUCAGGAGAAGACUGUUCAUUAACAUGAAGAAAGCCAUUUCUGUCUGCACCGUUAACAUAGAUGGAGGGGUAAAUUUAGUACAGUUGAAUAAAUCGGAGGACAUAGUAAGUAUCCCAGGAUUUGACGAAAACGACACGUUGAUCGAAUCAAUAACAGACGAAGAUCGAUUCAACACCUGCAUAUCAACAAACUUGAUAGACAGAAUUAUCGUCAAGUUUAAUGGGAUGAAAAAGCUAUACAGAAUCGGCAUUUAUCCUAGCAGAGAAACAGACUAA